CCCUUCUCACCCUUCCCCUCCGACUCAUACCUAAACCACCUUUUGUUUAUACACUCAAUUCCACCACAAAACUCCAACAACGCCCCUUACACAUAACCAACAUUAUGGCUUUCAAGGGAAAGGUCUGCCUCGCCUACUCUGGUGGUCUUGACACCUCCACCAUUCUCAAAUGGCUGCUCGACCAGAACUAUGAGGUCGUCUGCUUCCUCGCCGACGUCGGCCAGGAGGAGAACUGGGACCAGGUCCGCUCCAAGGCCGCCGCCAUCGGUGCCACGAAGAUGGUCAUCACCGACCUGCGCCGUGAGUUCGUCGAGGAGCUUUGCUUCCCCGCCGUCCAGUGCAACGCCAUAUACGAGGGAAGGUACCUUCUCGGCACCAGUCUGGCCAGGCCCGUCAUUGCCAGGGCGCAGAUGAAGGUUGCCGCUGAGGAGGGAUGUCAAUUUGUUAGCCACGGCUGCACCGGAAAGGGCAACGACCAAGUCCGCUUCGAGCUUGCCUUCCUCACCAUCGACCCCAAGAUCAAGAUCAUUGCCCCAUGGCGCAUGCCCGAGUUCUUCGAGCGCUUCCAGGGCCGCAACGACCUCCUCGACUACGCCGCCUCCACCGGCAUCCCAGUCACCUCCACCAAGGCCAAGCCAUACAGCAUGGACGACAACAUCGCUCACUGCUCCUACGAGAGCGGUCAGCUCGAGGACCCAUCCAAGCCGCCACCAACUGAUAUGUGGACUCGCACUGAUGACCCGAUGACGGCACCUGCCACCCCACAAGACAUCCAGAUCCACUUCGAGAAGGGUAUCCCCGUCAAGCUCACCACUGAGGGCAAGGAGAUCACCGACAGCCUUGAGCUUUUCAUUGCUCUUAACGCUAUUGGCAAGCUCCACGGUAUCGGCCGCAUCGACAUCGUCGAGAACCGUUACGUCGGCAUCAAGUCCCGCGGCUGCUACGAUUCUCCAGCCAUGACCAUCCUCCGUGACGCCCAUCUCGACAUCGAGGGCCUCGUCAUGGACGGCAAGGUCCGCGCCCUCCGCGACCAGUUCGUCACCCACGCCUGGUCCGAGAUCCUCUACAACGGUCUCUACUUCUCCCCCGAGCGCGAGUUCAUCCAGAACUCCCUCGUCUUCUCCCAGAAGAGCGUCAAUGGUGAGGUCAGGAUGCGCUGCUACCGCGGUAACGUCUUCAUCCUCGGCCGCUCCUCGGAGACCGAGAAGCUUUACUCGGAGGAGGAGUCUUCCAUGGACAGCUUGGUUGACUUCAGCCCUGUUGAUACCACCGGAUUCAUCAACAUCAACGCCAUCCGCCUCAAGAAAUACGGCCAAGCCAAGCUCGAGGCCGGCGAGGGUCUCGGAACGAAAUAAAUGCUCUUCCAUCCAUCCCAACCCCAAUUAGUGGGAGGGUGACAACAAUGGAGAGAGAAGCUGGUUCGAGCCGUGUAGGGGAGUAGUUACGCAGAAGGGCGUUCUAGAAAAAAAAAGAGGUGGGGGUUAUGAAAAUGAAAAUGAUAUAAUACCGUGGGACUUAGUAAAAGUUUGGUAUGGGAAGAGGGAAGGG